AUGGAAAACAAAAGCUCACUUGCUCCCCAAUCGCAAAGCUUUAUGGCUUUUGAUCUGUUGGAAUCAACCAUUGUUGUCAAGCAAUACUACUUACCCGGAUGGAGAGCCUUGGCGGAAGGGAAAACAAAACUUUCCGUCGUUAAAGAAGCUGUGCAGACGCUUCCUGCUCCAGCAAGUUGUUUGAAAGAUUCUAUUAAUAUGUUCAAUGAAUUUUUUGAUUCAUUCCCAGAGCAUUCGAAGCCAGCCAUCGAAAUUGUGGCCAUUGAUUGUCUGGAUCCGUCCCAGUCUCGGUUGAAAGGGGGAAGGGCUCCCAAAACAUGCGACGAGGAAGACUCUCUUCGAGAGCUUUGGUGCUCAGUCUUUGGACUGGACCCCCACGAGUAUCAUAGCAAUCAACCCCUUGGUGACACGAACCACCGUACUGGUGGCAUUCUAUACUACUUUGAGCUGAAAAAGGGCACAAAAACUCCCAAGUCGAAAAUAUAUCUGCCCGUUCGACACUACGCGCAAAGUGAUGAGCAGAUUUCCCGAGGCCUUUCCAAUUAUCUUGCCCGCCGUGACAAGGCACUGGCGACAGGCUCUUACUACGAGGAGAUCAAAAAGCUAUGCACACACCGGGACCUAGCCAAUGGAUUGGGAUUCCAUACUUACGUAUCCUGGGCCUCUGAGAGAGACAAAUGGAAUGUGACUGCCUACUUCAACCCGGAGAUCUAUCAUGAGUCUCGGUUUUGA